GUGGCCACCCACCAAAGCAAGAUGCUUUUUGGUUGUUCGCUUGCUGCUUUGGCGGAGGGCCUAGCCACGGCCAGCCACGUGAUAAGUGCAUCGUAAAAGGCCAAGGACGAGCAUGGAGAUGAUGGCAGGCAGGAGCGGCUCUCUUCCAACUCCAAAGCCUUCUGUUUUGGAAACAGUUCUUACCCCACUCACUGGGCUGCCGCUGCUGCUGCUGGCACAGUGGACUGUUGCUGUGACAAAAAUUAUUGGCCUUCUUUCUUUUGGUUUUCUUCUUCCUUCCAGCACGCACACUGCUUUGAGGUUGGCAGCCUCAGCGCUUGGAACCCUUCUUAUGAACAUGAUUUCUAAAGUGGCUUCCAGAUGCUACGUCGACCGGACAUGGAGGAGAGGUGACGAUGAUUUCUAUCUUCCAUUUCAUGACCACUUUUCGAGUCAGCGGGCAGCACGAAAAGUAAGACGAGAGCUGAUUUUGUUGGUGGAAACUUCUGCAGAUCACACACCGUGGAGUUUUUAGAU